AUGUUCGAGCUACUAAAACCCGCUGUUGGCGAAGCUGGUGUUGCUCGCCUGGGACGACUGGCAUUUGCUAGUGGACGCAGAACAAUGCAGACACCAAACUAUCUUGCUGUUGCCUCACGGGGAGUCAUCCCUCACUUGACACCAGACAAUGUCACAAAGCACACAACGUUUGAUGCAGCUUAUCUAGCGAUAGAGGAUUUUCUUGAAAAGUCACAACCUCCUGUACUCCAACUACCACCUGGAACACCGAGAAAUCUUCAAAACUUCACAUCUUUCCCAUCAGAUCGAGCCUUAAUCCUUGGCCCAAGAAGAUUCCCUGCUGUCACCGCACCAGUGGGAAAUGCUGCUCACCAUAUCAGUAUCUUUACCUCCACCGGUUUCCGCAACCUCACGAUCCCUGAAUACGCAAAGUUCAUUGAGCUCAUUCAACCAGAUAUCGCCAUUCCUCCAGCUGACCUCUCCCACACCAGCACUAAGCUCUCAUCUAAACGUCAGAUUCGUAUGGUUGAGAGGACAGAAGAAUGGGUAGACAAGUUCUUUCACCUUUCAGACCCCCAGGGACGUCUAAAAGAAAUGGGGGUUUCUGUCUUUGCUCCUGUGCUCCCUGCCGAGUACCCUAUACAGUGGGACUACUUGCGAUAUCUCGCCGAAGACGUUCGAGAUAAACUCUCUGGUCUCGCUGUGUACGAUGUCAACAUUGUGCCUGAGCUGGUCAACUACCCUUCCCUAGGAGACCUGCCCCGGCUGUCGUUUGGGCCUUCCAAGACUCCUCAAGAUCUCUUGCGACAGAUUGCCCUUGGUAUUGACGUAUGCACUGUACCUUUUGCAAACACCGCAUCUGAUGCAGGUAUUGCCCUGUCAUUCACUUUUCCACCCCCUGAGUCGUCCGAGCUGCAGCCAUUGGGUAUCGAUAUGUGGUCUGAGGAGCAUACGACAUCCCUGCAGCCUUUAGUGGACGGCUGUCAAUGCUACGCUUGCACCAAGCAUCACCGGGCGUUCAUGAAGCACUUACUGAAUGCUAAGGAGAUGCUGGGCUGGAACCUUCUCCAAAUUCAUAACCACGCCAUGCUCAAUGCGUUCUUUGACGGCGUCCGAACAGCUCUGAGCGAGAGCAGCGAGAAGUUUGAGGAGCUACACAAGAAGUUUUUGGCUGUGUAUGAGCCCGAGGUCCCCGUUGGAACCGGAACUAGGCCUCGGGCCAGGGGUUACCACUUCAAGAGCAUUGCAGGGCAGACUAAGAUCAACGAGCCCAGCUGGCAACUCUAUGAUUCGGUCGAUGUCAGCCCCCACCCGGAGGCCAUUGCAGAACCUCUUGCAGCUGUCGAGGGUACGUUGCCCACCGACGGGGUUGCACCCAGCCUGGAGAAGUGA